CUCGCCGCGCUGCGUGACGCGCACCGUCACCCGGACCGAGUCACGGUUCCUUCAAUACGGAGCUCGGCCCGGAGAUCAGCCCGGAGACACCGCAGCGCUGCCGGAGGAGCAGAGGACACGCGCCAGACACGGGGCCAGCCUGCGACCUACUGCAGCCCGUGAAGGUGGAGACUGCAGUCUGAAAAAGUGCGACUUCCAUGCGGAACAACAGGAGAGGAAGUAGAGAGAUACUCCAGCAUGACUUUCCUUUUUGAUUAGAAUUUGCAGCAGAGCUGAGACUGCUGUGAGGAAGCUUGCCAUGCAGUGUCUGCAGAGACUCGUGGAGGACUGAUUCCACCUUUUCCAUAUGGCUCUUCCUAAGAGCAGUUCCUUCCAUCCAUAUCUUCUGCUCUGUCCUUUACUCUGUGGACUCUGGUUCUUCAAGGGCUUCAGCAGAACUGACCCCAAGCAGACAUGGCUAAAAGAGACUACCUGGUGGAUGCAGCCAAGCAGAUCCGCAUGGCACUGGACAGGGAAGUCAAUGAGGACUAUGAGGCUGCAUUCAGCUAUUACAAGAAUGGUGUGGACCUGCUGCUAAAUGGAGUUCAAGUGGAUCCAAACAAGGAGAGGCGGGAGGCUGUGAAGCGGAAGACCACUCAGUAUUUGAAAAGAGCAGAGGAAAUCUUCAACUCUCAUCUGCUGAAUAACCUCAGCAAAGGAACCACACAUUUAGGGGGUUACAGCAGCCUCAGAUUCAGGUCUAUCAGACACCUCAGCUCACCUGUGGAGGAUCUGGAGAUGUGCAAAGUUGUGGGGAUUAUUGAUAAAGUUCUGACUGUUCAAAACCUGAUUAGUAAGGAUACAUUUGUGAUUAAGAGCCUUCCUAAGUCCAGCUGGGAGAGCCGAGAGCGUCCCACUAUCAUUCCUCAGGGGGUUCCAUUCAUGGUGAAGCUACUGAGGUACUACAUCAGUGAGGACUCAGUGUUUCUGCAUCUGGAACAUGUUCAAGGUGGUAGACUCUUCUCCAAACUGCACAAGAUCAGGAGUGAGCUGGCCAGAGAGCACCCUGACUGCUUCAGCCCGCACCAGAACAAGAUCCAGCUAAAAAACAGCUAUACAUCCCCUGCUCUGAGUCAGCUCUACCACCUGCAUGGAGGGGAUAACCACAGGAUGCCUGCAGUUCUCGACAUGGAGAAUUUGGAAAGCUCGGAUGUAGACUCGCUGGCUUCCUGGAAUGAGACCCAGCAUCAGCUAGAAAGCUGUGGAACUCACUCCUACUGUGAGGAAACGGGAUGUCUGCAGAAUUCCAGAUAUGAAAAGAAUGGAUUGCAGCAGCAGAAAUCCUCAAAUUCUGGUGCAAUAAGGACAAAUUCGCUUUCCUGUGUUGGUCCAGCUAAUGGUCAGCAUAAUCGUCUUGUAUCUCAGGACAGUUUUCCGCUUCCUGUUCAUCCCUGUGUAAUAGUGGACACUCGAGAUCCACACAGUGUCACCACUGACCUUUUAGGAAAUGAUGUCCGCAUUGAGUGGGCCGACUCCAGCAUAGAUCUGGACAAAGCCUGGAAUGCUGCUGAACUUGCUCAGGACCACAGUGGUUUAACAGCUACAGGGUCAAAUUCUGAUAUUCUCGGUAUCAACAGUGUACCUCAGAUCACUCUGAGCUCCUUAUUUGGAGGUGGCACCCAGCCAACCCUCUGUAGCACUGUCAACGUCCUUCCACAGAAAGUCCGCAUAAUUCCCAACAACCUGCAUUUACCUCUGCAGAGCCAAAACCAGGAGGACAUUACUCAUGAACAAAACAUGCAGAACUCACAGCCUGACAUGAAUGCUGAAGGUUCACAUUUUGUCACAAGCUUGAACUCAGGAAAUUCUCAACCAUGCACAGUUUCUCCAAAGGAACACAACAUUCAGAGACCUGUGAGUUUCUCCUUCGACUUCGUGAAGAUGGACAGAGAGAAGGAGGAGCAGAGAGAGUUUGUGGAGGUUGGAGAGGAGAGUUGGGAACUUCUUAGUCCUCCGUUUACAGAAGGAGCGAGGGAUCCUCUCUCCAGCCCCCCUUCCAACACUAGAGAGGCUGGCGGACUGCAUUACCUGCCCGAGGUUAGAACCCAAAGCUUCAGCGCCAAGCCUCAGCAGGGUCGAUGGGGUCUUCCUGAGGGGGAGGUACGAAUGUGGGGUGCUCAAAUCCUCCUGGCUCUUGAGAGCCUUCAUGAGCAAGGCAUUGUGUGCCAGGAUCUCAACCCCAGGAACAUCCUGCUCAACAGCAGUGGAAACGUGUGCCUGACCUAUUUUGGGCAAUGGACAGAGGUUCAGUAUGAAAUGAGCCAAAAAGCGAUAGAACAGAUGUACUGUGCACCAGAAAUUGGGGGUGUGUGCAAAGUCACAGAAGCUUGUGAUUGGUGGAGUCUAGGAGCCUUACUCUUUGAACUUCUUACUGGAAUGCCUCUUUGGCAGUGCCAUCCUACAGGAGUGCAUCCACACACACAACUCCUCAUCCCGGACCACCUGAGCACUGCUGCUGCCUCUCUUCUCACAGAGCUCCUGCAGUACGACGCUGGCUGUCGACUGGGCUCUGGAGGUGGAGGUGUGAGUGAUAUUAAGUGUCAUCCCUUCUUUAGCGCUGUUGCUUGGCACACACUGAGCAGUUAAUGAACACAGAGGUGAAUAUGACCUGGGCUGCAGCACCAAACACCAUGGUUGAACACCACCUACCGAUUGGAGGUUGCUGGAUUAACUGUCCAGUGAGUGAGUGGCUCCUGGGAAGGAUUAUGAAUACAUCUCUCCUGCCCCCUGGUGGUGAACAGCAGAUGCAACAUCAGUAUUCUCCAGCCAGCCCCUCCCCUGCAGUCCUGAAAAUUGUAUCAGCCAGGUAUGCAGAGUUGCCAAUUUAUUGGGUGCAGUAAUUGUUGUCCAUUUUUAUCAGGUAUAAUUGCUAUAUAGGUGCACUUUGCAUCAAGGGUAUAACGACUUCGACACAGGUUUCCACAAAAGAUGUUACUAUUUUUUUUCCACUGUCAUGGCCUAAUGUUAUGCAAGUAUAACUGACUGAUUUUAAGGGUGCAUUUUGUCAGAGGGCCAAACCGUGGGCUCUGAAAAUGAUUUAACUGAACUAGACUGUGGAGUUGACCAGUAGAGCUCUUUAAACUGAACACAAGGCACAUAUCAUUGCUGUCACGCAAUAACCUUGUAUCUAUAUAUUUUUUGGCUAUGUAAAUUUUAUUAUUAUUUUUUUGCCUAUAGUGUUUCUCUGUAAAAGAUACAAGGUUUUAGCAUGACCGUGGCUACCACUUCACAUUCUAGGCAUCUAUUUCAUCAGUUGGAUUCGUCCUUGCCCAACAAUGGAAAGGUUAGACCACCACAGAACCACAUUUUCUUUGAAUAGUGAACCCCACCAAGCUCAAUUUUUUUUUUUCCCCCCUCCACAAUCUCUUCAAAUUUACUCUCAAACACACACUCACUCUCCCCCUCACAUACUUACCCACAUUCUGGUGCUUACACGCAGUCUCUUUUUCUUCACUUGCUCUCUUCACACACACACACACACCUUUUCUCUCUCUCAAUCAAUGCAGAGAGGUGGCCAGUAAUUGGAUGCCUAAAACAAUGUAAAGUGCAUCUAUAUAGUAGGUGUGGUCAUUAAGUGCAGCACUGAGGCAGAUUGUGCCUAAUAAAUAUAGGACUGAAUUGACAGUAAUCGCAUGCCCUUCCUUAAAUUCAGUGAUAAAUGUUGAUUCAGGCUACCCUCUAUGUGUUUAUUCAUCAGCCUUUUACAACAUCUUGGGCAUUAACAUAUAAUUUGCACUUCUGUUUGACCAAUGAUAUGCAAUAUUACCAGUAUUAGCACUGCAUUUGACCAUAUUUUACAAGCAUGAAAAGUAUGACCCUUUUUACAAAUCUUACUGAUUGAUAUUUUCAACAUUCAUGUUCUUACAUUACUAAAAGUGAAUAAAAUAACUUUUACUGGGUUGUCUGUCUAAAAUUAUGUUAGUCUGUUAAUGGCCAGUUUCUCAGACAGGGAUUAAUCAAUGGAAAAUAACCAUUUAAAAAUGCUGCAUAGUACAAAACUAGGCUUAAUUCCUGUCUGAAAAAAGCGUGACAUUUACAGAAUCAGUCAUUAACUGUUGUUCAUUACAUAAGUUGCAAUUUUGCAAAGGUUUUCUAAUUUGAAUGAUCUUAAAUGUAAGCGAUUACUUUUCGCAAAAUAAAACUAGCACAAUUGUGAUCUGGAACAAAAAUGUGGACAUAUAGUGCACCUUCCAAAAUUCGCUCCAAGAGUGAGGUAGUCAGUCAUUUUAAACACGUGCUUUGUGCAGAUCUCUGAGCCUGAGAAUAAAACUACUAAUAUUACCACAAG